AUGGAGGAAGCGUUCGAAUCAUACAUCAAGGAGUGUAAGAAGACUAAAGCACUUUUGCUGGAAUGGUGCGAUGGUAGACUCAAAGUCGAAAGGGAACUGCUUGAGCUUGCUCAUCAGUUUGACGAGUGGGAAAUGGAAGCAAUCACAAUUGCCAUCGGUUCGUUAGCUGCGACUGGCAGUGAUGCUGCAGAAGGUUACAGAUUUUUUCUCAUGUUAAAAUGGAUAACGAAACCUACGAUAGCUUACCCGUAA